CCGAGUCCAGUCAGUGUUAAACGUUCUUUAGCGCAGGUCGUGCCAACCAUUCCGCUGCAGGCUUGAGAAACGCACGCCUGCUUACCACGUGGAUUUAGUAUUCUUGUGUUUGUGUUCUGGCAAAUCGGUUGAAUAAGUGGGUUUUUGUUGAUUUCUAAACAAAGCGCAGCGGGAAAGGUGAUAUUAUAUAUUUUUUAUUUCGGUGUGAAGCGUUGAUUUUGUGAAAAUUUGUGAUUGUAUUUUAUAAAUAGGAGAGUUUUAAGUGAUAUAAUAUGUCUAUUGGCCAUUCUACAAAACGCAGGGAUGAAGAUGAAGACAGCGAAACACCCCCUCCUCCAGAUGGUGGCUGGGGAUGGAUGGUUGUUUUUGGAUCAUUCAUGAUACACGUUGUCACUGACGGAGUCACCUACUGUUUUGGAAUAUUCUACGACGAAUUUUUGGACUAUUUUCAAGAAGGCAAAGGGCUAACAUCGUGGAUCCUCUCCAUUUUAGUCGGAGUUACGCUAUGUUCAGGGCCAUUAUCCAGCUACUUUGUCAACCGGUACGGAUGCAGAACAGUUACAAUAGCUGGUUCUUUACUAGCUUCGGCAUGUCUAGUAAGCUCGUUUUACGCAAAAAAUGUGCUAACAUUGUGUAUCACAGUGGGUAUUGGCACAGGGACAGGCUUCGGGCUAAUCUACCUUCCUGCCAUCGUUAGUGUUACCACCUAUUUUGAGAAGAAACGUUCCUUAGCCACCGGAAUAGCAGUUUGCGGUUCUGGAUUCGGUACCUUCCUAUUUGCUCCAAUCAUAUCCAAGUUGCUUGAAUCAUAUGGAUGGAGAGGGUCAAUAUUGAUCAUAGGAGGAAUCAUCCUGGAGUGUAUAUUGUUCGGGGCACUCUUUAGACCAUUGGAGGAAAUAAAUGGAGAAAAGGGAAAGAAGCUAAAGUUGACGGAGGCGAAAGUUGAUCUACACAUUUCUGAACACGAUCUACCUCAACUCACCACCAGUCUACCGCCGCAAAACGGCACCAUGAACGGUAAUGGCAACAGCAAUAUGCAUCGUCCUCACAGCGUGGCGCAUUUCACCAUGUCCAAAAACACCAAACACGAACUGAACGGGAACAUUCCGUCGUCUGGAAAAUACCUCCAAAACGACAUUACCAGAUUGGCGCUCAGUCAGCCUAUGCUAACACAGUCAGAGAACAGAUACAGACAACAUUAUCAUUUCGGAAGCCAGAAUUGGAGGAAGCACGGCCCGCUGGAUAGGCCAGAUAUAUUUUAUCAGGGAAGUCUGAUGAACAUUCCAUCGUAUAGAUCCAAAUUGAAUUUAAGGAGAGGCGACGAAGGUGAAUUCAUGGAACGUCCCCCAUCAACAACAUACAGCAAAAGACACGAAACUGAGUCUCGAAAAUUAUGCGGAUGCCUUCCAUGCAGCGAUGAGGUUCGAGAAAUGUUGGACUGUGCUCUGUUGCGCGAUGUUAUUUUUCUAAUAUUCUCCCUCAGCAAUUUAUUAACCAGCAUCGGAUUCAAUGUGCCCUACGUGUACCUGGUACCCAAAGCGAAGGAUUUGGGAAUGACUAUAGAAAAAGCGGGCAUGCUGAUCUCGAUCAUCGGUGGAGCGAACACUGUUGGGAGGAUAGUUCUGGGGUAUAUUUCGGAUAAGCCUUGGAUCAACAGACUGUACAUAUACAACUGGAGCCUUACGAUUUGUGGGGCCGCUACUUUUAUUAGUGCCUUCUGUAGUAGUUUUUACACUUUGGCCAUAUACAGCGCCGUUUUCGGUUUCACUGCCGGCGCCUACGUCGGACUCACAUCCGUUAUUCUCGUCGACCUUCUGGGUCUGGAAAGCCUUACCAACGCCUUCGGUCUGCUACUGCUCUUCCAAGGGAUUGCCUCUUUGAUAGGACCACCCAUAGCCGGAAGUCUGUAUGACGUGACGGGAUCGUACAAUCCAGGAUUCAUAUUAGCAGGAACAGCGAUAGGACUUAGCGGUAUAAUUCUAUUCGCCAUUCCCCCAAUACAGAGGUGGCAGGCUAAAAGGACACAGUCCAAGCAGAUCAGCAUCAGCUUGUAACAGCUACGCAUCCAAAGGGGCUAUGUUCCAGAUUCAUUGAUUUUUAUUAAAAAUGAUAUUUCUUAUAGAGUGUAUCGGAGUUGAAGCUGAAGUUGUAUUUUUAUUGAGACAGUAUGAUAUUAUUUACAAUUGAAAGAGCUUUGUGAGAUUAGGUAAAAUUAUUAUUAGAUAUGGUUAUCAUCGUCAUGUACAAAUACUAAUAUCGGGCAUAAAACUAUACAAUUGUAGUUUUCCAUUGGACAAAGUUCUUUGUUUUGAGUAAUCGAUGCAUUUAUUUAUAAGCCUACAUUUCUAAUUAAUUUUUCUUUAAUAUUACCAAUUUAUCUUAGUAGAUUAAUUUCUUGUUUUUCAGAAUUAGUCUUUU